AAUUUGUUUUUGUCAUUGUAAGCACGUCUUCAAUUGUUUUCGGUAUAAUGAAACUGGUUUUAUAUUACGAUCAACGCAGUCCUCCCGUGCGCAGUGUUUUAAUGUUGUUGAAAAUUCUUAAAAUUGAUUUGGAUUUGAAGUUUAUUGAUUUGUUUAAGGGUGAACAAUUGAAACCGGAUUUUAAAGAACUUAAUCCUGCUCAUACUGUGCCCACUCUUGUCGAUGAUGAUUUAGUUUUAACCGAUUCCCAUGUGAUUUUAAUGCAUUUAUGUGAAAAAUAUCAAAAGGACAAUUUGAAAUUGUGGCCUCAGCAAUAUAAGGAACGUAUGCAGGUCACCAAUAUGCUUUUAUUUGAAGGAUCUUUGAUAUUUCGCCGCGACAGCGAAAUGAUGUCCGAAAUUGUUCGUAAAACAUAUGCCAAUGUCGAUAUACCUUAUCAUCAACGUAAAAUGCAUGAAAUUUACGAUAUGUGUGAAGUACAUCUGAAAAAACAUAAAUAUUUGGCCACCGAUUAUUUGACAAUUGCCGAUAUAUCUGCUGUAACCACAUUGAGUACGGUUGAUCUCAUGUAUCCCAUUGCUGGCGCACAAUGGCCCUCGCUGUCAACAUGGCUGAGCGAUAUGAAAUCUAUGCCAGAAUAUGAAAUUAAUCAAAAAGGUUUGCAAGAAUUGAAAGAUAUUAUUGAACAGUAUGGUAAAUUUAAAUUUCCCGCUAGAGAGGAGGAUGUCCAGGAGAAUAUAAACACAAUAAAUUUUAGUGGAAAAAUAGGCAAAAACGCUGUUAUACCCAGAAUUAUGGAUCAUGAAUAUAGUUGUACCAAAGUGCCGGUAUUGUAUUACGAUGCGAUAAAUUCUCACGCUCGCAGUUGUCAAAUGCUUAUAAAAUUGCUAAAAAUUGAUGUAGAACUUCGGUCCACAGAUUCCAUUAGUGAUCUUAAUUUUUAUGAUACCUAUACAUGGAUAAAUUCCUUUUGUAUGUUACCAACUCUGGUAGAUGGUAAUGUAACUUUGUGUAAUGGUCACUCAAUUUUGAUUUACUUGUGUGAAAAAUAUGCUCCUUUAAAUUUAGCAAAUGUAUGUCCUUGUGAUUAUAUAUCAAGACUCCGUUUAAUGAGUUUGCUUUUCUAUGAGGGUUGCAUUUUAUUUCGGCGUUUGUAUCAUUUGUUGACCGAUAUAUUUCUAGCUAAAUAUCCAAACUUCGAUGUGGAUUCUCAUAAACACAAAGUGUCAAAUGUCUUUAAAACCCUGAAUACAUUUUUAAAAGGCCAAUCUUUCAUGAUUGGAAAUCAUCUGACUAUAGCCGAUAUUUCGUGCGUCUCCACCGUGAGUGCCCUAAAUAUUAUAUUUCCCAUAGACUAUGAAAAGUUUCCAAGAUUAUUUGAUUGGUUGCAACGUAUAAAGAAAAUGGAAUUUUAUAAUUACAAUGAAGAAGGCAUUCAAAAGCUACGCUACUUAUUAAAGAACGUUGGCAAAUUUCCCUUUCCUUCCCCAUUUUCCAAUGAACCAUCUAAUGAAGAGGGUGAUUCUGAAAAAUCUGAUGGACAGACGAUUAGGAAAGCUGAUGAGCAGAAUAAUAAUGAAUCUGAUACAAUAAUAGAUGCAAACGAGGUCUUGUUUAGACAUGUGGAUGCAACACAAAAAACCUUUGAAUCCUCUAAUGUUAAACCGAUUUAUAACGCCGAUGCAGAAGCAAGCUCUGAUAGUUUUGAAAAUAUAUUUGAAUUUCCAAAUAUUAGAGAACAUAAUCCAGAAAAAAUAAAUGUUUAUAAUACAGAUACUAAAAAUUCCUGCAAUUGCAACACCAAUAAUUUCCCAAUGAAGAAACAAGAUUUUAAAAAAGAUAAUGAAAUAUACCGACGAACAGAAUGUAAUAAUUGUAAUAAUAUCAGCAUAGAGCAGGAGAAUGGGAUACUUUCUCCUACGACUAACUACACAAUUUGUGGCUGUUGUUACUCUCAUAACAAUGUAUAUGGAGCAAAUGAAUUUAAAACUCCGCCGACUGUGGAGAACCCAGUAAUAGACAUGAAAUCGUGUAUACAUGUUCAAUAUUAUGGCGCUAAUAUGGACCAUCGAAAUUGCCGACCUUCCUCUUCAAGGAGAAAAGAAGGAUAUAAUAGAAAUAAACUAAUGGCCUGUUCUUGUUUCUAUAAUAAUGAGUCAAAGAAUAUUCCGAAAUCCGAUCGUCGUUCCAGUAAGAACAAGUGCAUGGCAAAAGAGACAGAUAUAGAAAACUCAGAAAAUAAUAAGAAAGGUAUUGAGGAAUGGGAUGAUAUGGAUUUAGAAGAAGAUAUAGAGCAACAAAGUGUAAAAUGUGAAGAAACUUGUAGUAUUAACAAACCAUUUAUGAACAAGUUUAAACCAAACAAAGAAUCUGAGUUCAUAACACAAAACGCCAAUAAAUUCGAAAUAAGCAGAUCAUCUACACCUUUCAAAAAGUAUAAAAAUAACAAAAAUGGAACUAAUGGCUUUACAAAUCAAGAAGUUAAAAAUUUAUUAGCCAAAAUUCGCAGCCUAGAGAAAAUUUUAGAAAAUACAACAUCAGAAAUGAUAAACAAGAAUAUUCAGACGAAUUUACCGAGAUUAAAUAAAAACUCAGUAAUAGACACAAAAGUUUCGGAAGAUUCUUCGUUUGAGUCAUCAGAAGAAGAGAAUUUACCACAUAAUUCAGUUAUACUUAACAAAAGGAAUACAAAUUAUGGUAAAAUUGAUAUGUCAAGAAAUAAUGAAGACCCUGGAUUCACAUAUCAAGAUAUUGAAAAUUUAUUGGAAAAAUUUCGCUACUUUGAGUACAUUUUAAAAACACCAAAAUCCGAAGUAAUGGUGAGCAAGAGUACCCAGAUGCAUUUGCCUAAGUUUGGAAAUAAGUCAAACAGAAAUCGAAUAUUGGACACAAAAGUUUCGGAUGAUUUUUCGGUUGAGUCUUUAACAGAAGAGGGAGAGAAUUUCGCAAACGAUUAUGCAAUUCUAGUGCCAGAAUUAUCGGAUAAGAUACUAAUGGACAAGAAUUUACCGAGGUUUAGUAACAACUUCGAUAAGAGUCCAGUGGUGGUCACCGAUACUUCGAAGGAUUCUUCAGUUGAGCCACCAACAGAAGAAGAUAUGCCAAAUAAGAUUGUUGCUCUUGAGUUUGAAAAAUCUGAACUAGAAGAAGAUGAUUCCUAUAAUAGUUCUUUGAACGACAAAAUAUGUGAAACUGGCUUUAUUCCACGUCGCAUACUUAUGCCCAAUUUUGUAGUAACUAAUUCGGAGAGAGAACCACAAAAUCCAAUUACAAGUAAUAAUUCCUCGCCUCAAUCGCCUAUUAAAGAAACCACAACAGAAUAUCCUGAAACACACAGUUCUGGCAGAUAUUGUAGCAAACACAAACGUUUGGAAGCUGGCAGUAAUCCUAAACCACGAGAAAGCUUAUCUUAUGAAGAUGAUUUACCAAUGACAUCUGCACAGUUUAAACAAAGGAACGUGGGAAUGGAGGAUAACGUUUCGCUUGACAGUGAAAAACUUACCAAAGUAAUUUAUCACCUAUGUAUGAAAAAUACUUCCAAAUAUAGAAAUAAAUGUCCAUGUGAUGAUUGCCUUAAGAAGGAGAAAAAAAAGCUGAAUAUAAAAUCAAAAAUACCACUCUUAAUUGCAAAUAAAACGAUGUCUUCAAAAUCAUCACGAGAUAUCGGCUAUAAUUGUACAAAUGAAAAGAGUUUACAAAAUAAGUAAAUAGAAAUACAAUAAUUAAGAAUUUUCCGAAAAAAAUAAAGAGUAUAUUGAGAGAGUGAA